AUGUCCACACACACACACACACACAUUGCCCCUAAGCCCAGGCUGGCGACCCCCAGUGAGUGGCACACACACACACACACACACAACAGCUUGAACAAAUGCAGCAACGGGAAAGGGGAUGCUGAAGAUGACAGCAAGGAACCCCACACACACACACACACACACAUGGGUGUUCAGGAGGCAGAGAUGGCCACAGACAGCCCUGAAGUCCCAGAGGAGGGGGGUGAAGAUGCCACAGCCAGUGGUGACCAGGAUGACCAGGAUGAACCACCUGACCAAAAUGAGAAAACGGACCCAGAAGAAAUGGCAGCAGUCACCCACACACACACACACACACAUCGAGAAGGGGAAGACCUGGUACAGGAAGAACCUGCCGCACACACACACACACACACACCUUUCGAGAAUGAUGGCAUGGAUGAAUUUGUGACUUCCACACACACACACACACACAAGUUCUUUCCGACUGAGAGCACCUCUUUCUGUAGCGAGCACACACACACACACACACAAGCAAAAGACUUAGAGUCACAGCAGGAACCACAUGGCCUGGUCUCCAUCGACAGGAAGAACAUCAUCACUCACACACACACACACACACAGAAGUUGGCUGGCUAUGUCCCAGAAACUGUCCCAGAAGCACACACACACACACACACAUCAUCAGCCAUUGGCAUUAGAGGUGCCACCAAGGAGGCCACACACACACACACACACAUGGAGGGGAAGCCGCUGGAAGCCAGCAGGGCCUUGCCACACACACACACACACACACAUCUAUACCCCCGAUCAUUCUCUGUGGAAGGCCGAGAGAUUCCAGUCUCCUUGUACCGGGAGUCGGAGGCAUCGGGCUUGGAUGACCAUAGGAUCAACACACACACACACACACACACUCUGCCCUGUAUGAUUGGCUCCUCUGGGAGUUUCUCCCAGAGGAACCACCUUCCGUCCAGCGGCACCUCAACACCCUCUUCUGUGGUCGACAUCCCACACACACACACACACACAUGCAUCACCAAAAAGCCCAUCACAAAGAGCUCUCCCUCCACACACACACACACACACACCCCAGACAAGUACACCAAGAAGAAGAAGUCAUCCUUCCACACACACACACACACACAUUUUAAAAAGAAGUCGGAGAACAAAGUGCACGUGGAUGCACACACACACACACACACAUCGUCCUCAGAAUCCAGCUACCAUGGGCCUGCCAGGCUCACACACACACACACACACAGCCUCAGCAACUCCCCGCAGCUUAAGGCUCGGACUGGCCACACACACACACACACACACCCUUCCUCCCUCAUCUUCUACAGGGAUGGCAAGAGGAAAGGUGUCCCCUUCAGCAGGACGGUGUCCAGAGUGGAGUCCUUCGAAGACCGCUCCCGCACACACACACACACACACACCCUGACCAAGCCGAGGUCCAUCUCAUUCCCCAACGCCCACACACACACACACACACACAUCCCAGCCAUGAACUCAGACUAUGAAAAUAUUCAGACACACACACACACACACACAAGGGCUGGGACAUUUACAAAACUGUUUGAAGAUCAGAGCACACACACACACACACACAAUGAAAAUGACGGCUACGUGGACAUGAGCAGCUUCAACCACACACACACACACACACAGAGCACAGACCAAGAAGCAGAAAGCGCCUACACAGAACCUUAUAAGGUCUGUCCCAUCUCGGCGGCGGCCCCCAAAGAGGACCUAUCAUCGGAUGGAGAGCAGGGAAGCUCGGAGGAGGAGGACAGUGCUCCAAGAGACCCCAGCCUCACCCACAAGCUGGAAGGACAGUCUAGAGCCCAUGUCAUCGCACAGGAACUGCUGUCUUCGGAGAAAGCAUACGUGGAGAUGCUCCAGCACUUACAUCUGGAUUUCCACGGAGCUGUCAUGAGGGCCUUGGAUGAAAUAGACCAGGAGGGCAAGGACACGUUGGCCAGGGAGGAGCUGAGGCGUGGCCUGAGCGAACUCCCAGCCAUCUGCGACCUUCACCAGGGGAUCCUGGAGGAGCUGGGGGAGAGGCUGUUGCACUGGGAGGGCCAGCAGAAGGUGGCUGACGUCUUCCUGGCCCGGGAACAAGAGUUUGACCACCAUGCCGCUCACAUCCUGCAGUUCGACAGGUAUCUGAGUCUGCUCAGUGAGAACUGCCUGCAUUCUCCCCGGCUGGCCGCUGCUGUCCGCGAGUUUGAGCAGAGUCAGCAAGGAGGUGGCCAGAACGUGAAGCACCGGCUGCUGCGGGUGGUUCAGCGCCUCUUCCAGUACCAAGUGCUCCUCACAGACUACUUAAACAACCUUUGUCCUGACUCAGCUGAGUACGAUAACACGCAGGGUGCCCUCACCCUCAUCUCCAAAGUCACAGACCGUGCCAACGACAGCAUGGAACAAGGGGAAAACCUGCAGAAGUUGGUCCACAUUGAGCACAGCGUUCGGGGCCAAGGGGAUCUCCUCCAGCCAGGAAGGGAGUUUCUGAAGGAGGGGACACUGAUGAAAGUAACAGGGAAAAGCAGACGCCCCCGGCACCUGUUUCUGAUGAGCGAUGUGCUCCUGUAUACGUAUCCCCAGAAGGAUGGGAAAUACCUGCUGAAGAACACAUUGUCAGUGGCCAGCAUGAAGGUCAGUCGUCCUGUGAUGGAGAAAGUGCCCUAUGCUCUAAAGAUCGAGACUUCCCAGUCCUGCCUGACUCUAUCUGCGAGCUCCUGCGCAGAGCGGGACGAGUGGCACAGCUGUCUGAGCAGAGCCCUCCCUGAGGAUUACAAGGCCCAGGCCCUGGCUGCCUUUCACCACAGUGUGGAGAUACGGGAGAGGCUGGGGGUCAGCCUGGGGGAGAGGCCCCCCACUCUGGUGCCUGUCACACAUGUUAUGAUGUGCAUGAACUGUGGCUGCGACUUCUCCCUCACCCUGAGGCGUCACCACUGCCACGCCUGUGGCAAGAUUGUGUGCCGGAACUGUUCAAGAAACAAGUACCCUCUGAAGUACCUCAAGGACCGGAUGGCCAAGGUCUGUGACGGCUGCUAUGGGGAGCUGAAGAAGAGGGGCGGGGAUGUCCCAGGCCUGAUGAGAGAGCGGCCCGUGAGCAUGAGCUUCCCCCUGUCCUCCCCCCGCUUCUCAAGCAGCGCCUUCUCGUCUGUCUUCCAUGGCAUCAACCCCUCAACUUUCAAGAAACAGAAGAAGGUCCCUUCGGCCCUGACCGAGGUGGCCGCCUCGGGAGAGGGCUCCGCCAUCAGUGGCUAUCUGAGCCGGUGCAAGAAAGGCAAGAGGCACUGGAAGAAGCUCUGGUUUGUCAUCAAAGGCAAAGUGCUCUACACCUACAUGGCCAGUGAGGACACAGUGGCCAUGGAGAGUAUGCCUCUGCUCGGUUUCACCAUUGCCCCAGAGAAGGAAGAGGGCAGCAGUGAAGUAGGACCUAUUUUUCACCUCUACCACAAGAAGACCCUAUUUUAUAGCUUCAAAGCAGAGGAUACCAAUUCAGCUCAAAGGUGGAUCGAGGCCAUGGAAGAUGCAAGUGUGUUAUAGCAGUUAUCAAGCAUGUGGACUCAGAAUAAAGUCUUAGGUUGAAUGUGGACCCUUCCAGAAGCCAAUCUGUGUCUCUACUCCUCGGGACUCAUAUCUGGAUUUAGCACGGGGCCUCAUCUUUUUUGCCAUAACCCCCUCUCUCACCGUCACAAGUGGAACCCCUAAGGAAUAUUUAUGAACCACUCCUUUUCUAUUCUUGUGUCUUCCACCUGCCCGACCCCGCCCCACCCCAGCAUAAAUGAUUUCCUUACCCGGUAGUGAGGUCGCAUUUAGUAACGUGAAGACAUGGAAACAAUAGGAAAAAAGUACAUUUUAGAAAUGCAGGCUUCUUAGUGGAAACAAGCUUUUACAGUUUUUACUAGUGGUAAACAUUAUCACCUUCCAUAGCAUUGAUGUCAGUGCCUCAGGCGAAACGAGAAACAACUGGUAAAUAACAGCUACCCUCAUCGAAAGCACUUUAUUGUUUUACUGAGCUACAACCUCCAGUUUUAUGUUUUCCAAGUGAUUUACUUAAGUAAGGAGCAGAUGGAGUCCCGUGAACUAAUUUGCCACCAGUUCUCAACAAGAGUGUACGUACAAUUGAUUUGUGCAAACA